CAAUUCUCUUAAUUACAGUUUUAAGGGUAAAGAAAGAGAGGAAAAAAAAAAAAAGGUAUUAAGUAUUAUAACAAAGCCUUUCGAGUAAUAAGACACCUCUUUUGUACAGGCCGGAGAUUGAUGGCCACACUCUCCUUAACCUCUUAUCUUCUCUUCUGAACUAUUUUUUUUCUUUCAUUUUUUCUCGACUCUUUAUCCUUUCUUGACAUAUUAAGACACAAUCCAUUUUAUCAGAGUUCUUGAGCUUUGUUGUGGAUCUGCUAAAGCAAUCGGCCAUGUAGAUCUUUCUUGCCAAGAGAAAGGAAAAAGGAGGUAUUUUUGAACUAGGAAGAAGAGAAAGAAAUGGAUUUUGAAGAGCACGAAGACCAAGAAGAAGAAAUGGAAAUGGCAAUUCCACCAGGUUACCAUCAUCAUGAUACCAUCAGCAACUCAGUUCGACCAAAAAUGGGUUCAGCCACCGGUGGUGGUGGUGGUGAAGGUGGUUCGACAAUCGCAACAGCAGCAGCAACAACAACAACAACAAACACAAGAAAAUUAGUAAGAUAUAGAGAGUGUUUGAAAAACCACGCGGUGAACAUGGGCGGACAUGCUGUAGAUGGGUGUGGUGAAUUCAUGGCGGCUGGUGAAGAAGGUACUUUAGAUGCACUUAAAUGUGCUGCGUGUAACUGCCACAGAAAUUUUCACCGAAAAGAAACUGAUGGAAUAGGAGAAGGAAUAUAUCAACAUCACUACCACCAGCAGCAUCACCCCCAAUUCUCACCGUACUAUCGUGCUCCACCUCCAGCUGGGUACCUACACCUGACACCACCACCGCAGCAUAGACCUUUAGCCUUACCUGCAGCUUCUGCUGGAGGAGGUGGCUAUAGUAGGGAUUUGGAAGAUAUUUCAAACCCCAGUAGUAGUGGCGGAGGUGGAGGUGGAGGAGGCGGCGGAGGCAGUGGCGGUGGUAGUGGAGGUUCAAAGAAGCGGUUUAGGACAAAAUUUAGUCAGGAGCAGAAAGAUAAGAUGUUGGAUUUUUCGGAGAGGCUUGGAUGGAGGAUCCAAAAACAUGAUGAGGCUGCUGUGGAGCAGUUUUGUUCUGACAAUGGAAUCAAAAGGCAAGUGCUUAAGGUUUGGAUGCACAAUAACAAGCACACUCUUGGAAGGAUUGGUGAGGAUGAUGACCCUGUUAUUAUUAUUUAUUUUUUUGUUGAAUACGUUGCUGCUGAUGGGCCAUUUUUCUCCUGAAAUCAGCAUCAUCCAACUCCAGUUGCUA